AUGAAGCAGUUUGCAAAGAAGAAUCAGACUGCUCGAACUAGAGAGCCAUCUGAUGAACAGAUGGAGGAGCAUCAAACUGAAGAACAUCCAGUCAGUGGUAGUGAAGAACUGGAGCAACCCACCAAUGCAGAUGCAUCCAUGACAAAAUCACCCAGGAAGGGAAAAAGGACCGCCAAAAGGAAAAGGAUGGCUCAACCUAAGGAAAGGCAAACAGCUAAUCCUUCUGGGGAUCAGCAGGUUGCAGAGAAAAAUGCUGGGGAACAGCAAAUUGCUGAACCAUCCACUAGGAAAUCACCAAGGACAAGGUCUGGUGUCCAGAAUACUGCGUCAACUGCUCAACGCAUUGGAAAGAAAAAGCAUCCUGCCAAUGAAAAGUCAGCCGCUAAAUCCUCUUCAUCCAACUCUGAGGUUAUUUCUUUGCUUGAGAACUUCAGACAACACAUCCUACUCCUUGAAGAUGGUCUGAUGAUGACCAUGUCAUCCGAGCAGCAAGCCACCUUCAUUGAAUACCAUGCCUCCAAUUCUCAGCCACAGGACAAGGGAAAGACUCCAGCAACUGAAGAAGAAACUGAUGAUGAUGAUGAUGAUGAUGAUGAUGAUGAUGAAAACACUGAAGAGGAAAAAGAUCCUGCUCAAUUCCGCCUAGCAAGAAGAAGGCUUGGAUCCUCCAAGGUCACCAUUUAG